GCGCCCGAGACCCGACCCCCACGCGGCCCCGGGACGCCGUCGGGGCGCGCUCGGCUCUCCGGGACGCCCCCCGCGCUGGGCCGCGGCCGGCCCGGGUUCCGGGGCGCAGGGUGGGCGCCCCGGCGCGGCGCACACGUGUCCCGGGGGCCCCGGCCCCGCCAGCGCCUCCCGACUCCCAGGCUCUGGGCGCUUCCAUCGCACCCACGGGCGGGGGGGGACGCGUCCCCGCGCGGCGGCUCGCCGGGCUCAGCGCGGCUCGGGACCCCCGCGGCCUCCCGGCGCCCGCCCGCCCGGGGGUCCGCGCCCAUCGCCGGGGAGGGACCGGCGGGCAUCGGGGCCCCCGCGCGCGCCCACCGCGGGCGCCGGGAUCCCGCGCGCCCCCCGCGCCGCGCCGCCGCUGGUAGCGCCCGCCCGGUCGGCGCGCGGCCCGCGACCCGCCCGCGGCAGUCGGUGCCGCCGCCCGAGCCGCCGCGCAGCCCCCCGGGACCCGCGCCCGGAGCCCCCGAGCCCGGCCGCGGCGGUUGGCGCGGCGGCGCCCGCCCGGCAUGUUGCAGAGCCCGCGGCGCCUGUGCUCCGCGCUGCUGCGGCCCGACGCGCCGCGCCCGCGCCGCCGCCCGCCCGCCCGCCGCCCGCCCGCCGCGAGCGCCGCCGCCCCGCCAGUCACUCCCAUGGGCAGCGGCACGAGCCGCCUGUACAGCGCCCUCGCCAAGAGCCUGCCCGGCGCGGCAGCCCAGCACCCGGCCUACCUGGUGGCGCCCGAGCCGGAGCCGCCGGAGCCGCUGGAGCCGCAGGAGCUGCUGGCCGAGUGCAGGGCCGUGCUGCAGGGCCGGCCGCCCCGCUGCCGGAGGGACUUCGUGGCCGCGCGGACGGACAGGCCCAGCCGGCACCCGCCCAUCCGCGUCAUGCAGUGGAACAUCCUGGCACAAGCGCUCGGGGAAGGCAAGGACAACUUCGCACAGUGCCCGCUGGAGGCGCUGCGUUGGGAGGAGCGGAAGUGCCUCAUCCUGGAGGAGAUCCUGGCCUACCAGCCGCACAUCCUGUGCCUGCAGGAGGUCGACCACUACUUCGACACCUUCCAGCCGCUGCUCGGCCGCCUGGGCUACCAGGGCACCUUCUUCCCCAAGCCCUGGUCCCCGUGCCUGGACGUGGAGCACAACAACGGCCCCGACGGCUGCGCCCUCUUCUUCCUGCAGAGCCGCUUCCGGCUGCUGGACACGGCCAACAUCCGGCUGACGGCCAUGACCCUCAAGACCAACCAGGUGGCCAUCGCGCAGACCCUGGAGUGCAAGGAGUCCCGGCGGCAGUUCUGCGUGGCCGUCACCCACCUGAAGGCGCGCACGGGCUGGGAGCGCUUCCGCUCGGCCCAGGGCUGCGACCUCCUGGAGAACCUGCAGGCCAUCACGCAGGGGGCCAAGCUGCCACUCAUCGUGUGCGGGGACUUCAACGCCGAGCCCAGCGAGGAGGUGUACCGGCACUUCGCCUCGUCCAGCCUCAACCUGGACAGCGCCUACAAGCUGCUGAGCGCCGACGGGCAGUCGGAGCCGCCCUACACCACCUGGAAGAUCCGCACGUCGGGCGAGUGCCGGCACACGCUCGACUACAUCUGGUACUCGCAGCAGGCCCUGAGCGUGCGGGCCGCGCUGGCCCUGCUCACCGAGGAGCAGAUCGGACCCAACCGCCUGCCCUCCUUCAACUACCCCUCGGACCACCUGUCCCUGGUCUGCGACUUCAGCUUCAACGACGAGCCCAGCGGACGCCUGUAGGCGCCCGCGCCCGGCAAGACCCGCGCCUCCCUCCGGGAGCCUGGCGGGCUUGGGGGGCCCCCCCGUCAAAACCGUUGCCAUUAAAGCCUCCGGCUCCUGACGCGGGCCUGGCCCUCCGGGUGUGCGUGCUUUGUGUCCUCUCUCGCGGGGCCGCCUGGGGGUCCCCGGCGGGCUCCUCCCACGCUUCGUGUGUGAGCUGCCCCCCCAUCCCCCACCCCGCGUGCCGACGCCCCAUCCAAAGAGGUGCCUGCCCACGUGCCCCCCACCUCAGCCCGGCCUGCCCGCGUCUCUCGGUGGGGUUGGGGAAUGUCAACCAGACACGCAUGGCGAUAUUUAUUUUUUAUAUCCUCGUGUAAAAAAUUAAAGAAACUAGCAUCAUGAACACUGGAGAGCCACGCGGAACCCGAGGUGCAGAGUGAUCUGUGGAGGCCCGCCCGCUCUCUCCCGGGAGCUCUCUCUCAGCAGCCCCGAGCGGGCCCAGAGGGGUGCGUUUGCUCCUCCGAGGGGACUCUGUCUUGGGGUAACCUCAUCUGCCUUUCCUAAGUCGUCGUCAUCGUCGAGCUCAGGCACCCCCCGUGUCCACGUACGGCCACACAGAUCACAGGGAAUUGGGUUCCGGCCCGUGAGCGUGUACAGUCUGACACUAAUAAAUGACCCCUUCAAGCUCGA